AUGUGGAUUGCUAAGGACAACAAUGUCAGGCGAAUCUGGACGGCCCUUGUGGUGCUUCUGCUGGGAUAUAUCGGCACGGUCUUCCUUUAUAGACUGAUCUUCAUUCGAUUCUAUGCCGCCGCGAGCGAGGAAGUGCAGGAGACGGAUGUUUGGAUCGCGUUUGACAACAUUGUGGAUAUCAUGUUUCACGUUGACCUCUGGAUUCAGUUCUUGUUCACGUACACCAACGAGAGAGGGAAGGAGGCCCGGCACGUGAUUGUGGACAGCAGCGCUUAUAGUUGGCUCGCCGAGGAAGAUUGCUUGCAGAUACCUCUCUGGCUGGUUCUGGGUGAAUAUGCCGAAGCCAUGCAGAGGCGGAAGGUCACCACAUGCUGGAGGGCCAAUGAGGUCAGCCUUGCUCGAGAUAGCUUCAACUCCAUCGUGUCCCGCAAGAAGAUCGAUGUCACAGAGGUCAUGAUGAGACAUAGUAACAUGGGAAGACAGGCAGAGAUGGGAUCUGGCUGGUGCCCUUCAGGCUUAGUAUCAAGGCAGCUUACGGAGGUCUUGGCAAAACGCCAAGGCGCCGGCGGAAAGUUGCCCUUGCGCCUGCAGGAAGCCAGGGCCGCAAAGUGCGCACAGGAUCCUUCAGAAGCUCUCCCAUCACCAGUGUCCAGAGACAUGGUGGAGACACCCAGGGCUGUCAGACCAAUGCUACCGCAGAUGGCACCUCCGCACUUGGACUCAUGCGAGUCAUCCUGGGCAUCUCCAGCAAAGAGUCUGGCAACAGAAGUGCCUCCGACCCCACCUUGCACCAGCCGUGAGCAGAAGGCGGCGUGCGAAGACACACAGCCAUUCUCAGCCCGAGUGAGGUCAACACCUACCCCGCCUGCGGCUCAGCCACAGACCUCUCGCCCAAUGUCUGCCAAGUGCAGGGCGAGCAAUGUCAAAAGCAAUGGCAACCCUCGGACCACCUUUUGUUGGAGGCCAAAUGAGCAUAGCUUGCAGCGCAACAGCUUCAACUCCAUGGUGGGCAAGUCGCGCCUGGAUGUGACCGAAGUCAUGAUUCGUGAUGCAAGCAUGGGGCGACAGGCAGAAAUGGGCCCAUCCUGGUGCCCUGGUGGCCUUGCCUCCAGGAAAAUGGCCGAGGCGCUGUCUGGUCGAAGGCUUGUGGAUGGUAUUUAUGUGCCACGCUGCUUGACCAGCGUUAAACGGUUGCAUGAGGAUCCCCUGGAGACCUGGCUAGCUCGUCGCCUUGUCGGCAUCAAUGAGGAGAUGCUUCUGCAGGGAGAUCCAUUCGACCAGUGGGCGCAUGCCAUGUACUUCAUUUUCUCCGUCUUUACCACUGUGGGCUUUGGCGACAUCUCGGCAUUCACAACUGGUGAGAUCAUGUACGUGACUUUGACCAUGAUGGUCGGGGCGGUCGUCCACAGUAUCAUCAUUGGUCAGGUCAUAAACGAGGUGACCAGCGAUAGUACAGUGAAUGCCUUCCUCAAAAACAAGCUGAAGCUUGCCAAAGAAUUUGCGGUUCAUGCUCAGCUGGAUGCCAGCGGUUCCAAAGCACUGUAUUGGUGGCUGGAGCAGAAUGUGCGCGAUCUCAUGGGCCAGCAGUACAAGAUGGAUGAGAUGCUCCAGCUGAUUGCCAACGAUAUGCCUCUUCAUUUAAUGAAGGACCUCCAUGCACGACUCUUCAGUGGUCAUCUUGCAAGGAGCAGGUUCCUUCGCGUGCCCUUUGUCUCGUCGAUGCCGCCCCGGCUUCCGAUGCUGCUUUCGCUGGCCUUGGUCUCCAAGCAGUAUGAGGGGAGCCAACUCCUCUUCCAAGCAGGGGAUGCCGCCUACCACCUUUACCUUAUCAUCCACGGAACCUUUGCCUUUGUGGCGCGCCCAGAGCGGCACACCAAAAGUCCGAAGGCAAAUGAUAUGUGGCCGUAUCAACUGUUUUCGCACGGCAGUUACUUCGGGAAUUACGAGCUGCAUGCCCAUGCGAAGCAGUUUCGGCGAAGUACUGCGCGAUGCGAGACGCCGGAGGGUGGUCAAGUGCUGCGCCUUCAGAAGGACCACUACCAGCGGCUGUGUGGUGACUUCCCUCAGUUUGCGUCGGCUUGGAAGUAUGAGGCCAAUCGCCGUGAGUCUCACCGUUGCUGGCUCCAUGCCAAUCACACGCGCAUGCUCACAUACCGCAUCUCGAUUGCAUCAGAGAGGGAACCUCUGGCCAAACCUAAGCACCUUUCCACCACAGUUCUCGUACGGCGGCAAGACCAUGCUUGCACUGAACACAGAAGCAGAAGCUCUACUCUACCACUCUACAUUCAGGGAGUACAAAAAAAGCAAUGA